GGCACGAGUCUUUCCAAGACUCAGGGUGCUUCCACUCCGGAGGAAGUAGAACGCAUGAGAAAUGUUCCUUAUGCGUCGGCCAUUGGAUCCAUCAUGUAUGGGAUGGUAUGUACGAGACUUGAUGUCGCCUUUGCUCUGAGUGUCACGAGUAGAUACCAGUCCAACCCUGGCGAAAGCCAUUGGACGGCUGUGAAGAACAUCCUUAAAUACUUCCGUAGGACUAAGGAUGCUUUCCUGGUAUAUGGUGGAAAAGAAGAGCUCAGUAUUGUUGGAUAUACUGAUGCCAGCUUCCAAACUGAUAGAGAUGACUUCAAGUCGCAGGCAGGCAUCAAGAACCCUAUACCGUUGUUUUGCGACAACAAUGGGGCAAUUGCACAAGCGAAAGAACCUCGGUCUCACCAGAAGACCAAACACAUCGUUAGACGUUAUCACAUCAUACGAGAAAUCGUUGCACGUGGGGACGUUGAGAUUUGCAAGAUAGGUACAGACGACAAUAUCGCGGAUCCGUUGACGAAGGCUUUGGGAAAGCCUAAACACGAGAGUCAUACGUGGUCCAUGGGCAUUCGAGAAAUGCUUGAUUGGCCUUAGGGCAAGUGGGAGAUUGUUGUAUUUAGGUGCCCUAGCGGCAAUCAAAUACCUAUGUAACUGUACACUUUAUCAUGAAUGAAAGGCCUUGAAGUAU